AUGGAAGAAAAGAAUGGAACAGCAGUGACAGAAUUUCUUUUCUUGGGCUUCACAGACCUUCUCCAUCAGAGGAUUGUCCUUUUCAUCCUGCUUCUUUUUGCUUAUCUUGUCACCCUUGGGGGUAAUUUGGGGAUGAUCAUUCUCAUAUGCCUUGAUCCCAGACUCUACACUCCUAUGUACUUUUUUCUUAGUCACUUGUCCUUUGUGGAUGUCUGUUCCUCUUCUUCCAUUGCACCUAAGACACUGAGUGAUAUCUUUGCAGAGAGAAAAGCCAUCUCUUUUGUGGGCUGUGCUGCCCAGAUGUGGUUCUUUGGUCUCUUUGUGGCAGCUGAAUGUCUCCUCCUGGCUGCCAUGGCGUACGAUCGGUACGCAGCUGUCUGUAAGCCCUUGCUGUAUACUCUCAUUAUGUCCCAGAGAGUCUGUGUGCAGCUGGUUACAGGGCCUUACACCAUAGCUCUAAUAAGCACCAUGACCCAUACAACACUCACUUUUUGCUUACCCUUCUGUGGUCCAAAUACUGUGAAUCACUUCUUCUGUGAUAUUUCCCCAUUGCUUUCCCUAGCAUGUGCUGAUACCUCCGUCAAUAAGUGGGUGCUCUUCAUUUUCGCAGGAGCUAUCGGAGUUCUCAGUGGCCUCAUCAUCAUGGUCUCCUAUGUUUGCAUCCUCGUGGCCAUCUCAAGGGUCCAGACUGCAGAAGGGAGGUGGAAAGCCUUCUCCACCUGCUCUUCUCACCUGGCAGCUGUCACUAUUCUGUAUGGGACACUUUUCUUCAUCUAUGUCCGCCCUGGCUCAAGUUCCUCUCUGGGUAUUAAUAAAGUGAUUUCUCUGUUUUAUACAGUGGUGAUCCCCAUGUUGAACCCCCUCAUCUACAGCUUGAGGAACAAGGAGGUGAAAGAUGCUUUUAGGAGACAGUUGGAGAGGAAACAUUUUCUAAUAGCUAGGUAA